AUGGGCUGUUUUUUUAGCUCUACUAAGAAAACACCUUCAAAUCCUAUUACUAAUUCAUCACCUCAAUCUUACACCAAACAAAGCAGAACUACUCAAAGAUCUCCACCACUUACAUUACCAUUUCUUGAAGAAGAAAAAGUGAAAGAAGUCCUCUCUGAAACUCCCGCCAUACCAAAAAAUAAUCAUCAAAAUAUUUUGGAACAAAAAAACCAAAAUGAUAGUGUUUUAAAAAUAGCCAAGAUUUUCAACCCUAAGGAAGAACUUUCCCAGGAGCAGUACAGAAACUUCAGCAGAAGUAACCGGGUCGGAUCAGACCCGAAAGAUAAUACUAGUAAAGAGCUCAGCAGGCAUAUCCGGUUCGGGUCACAUCCGAAGGACACAAUCAAGGAGAUCAGCAGGCAUAUCCGGGUCGGGUCGGAUCCGAAAGGGAUGACCGGAGAUGUUGGAACUGAGCUCCGGCAGAGAUCACCUGCAAAGUAUCGGAACGACGCUUCUCCGGCUAGAAUAAGGCCGGAGUACUUAUCCGGGUCGGUUCAGACCCGGAACACUUCUCCCGCUAAAAUAAGGCCGGAGCACUUAUACGCUUCUCCAGCUAGAAUAAGGUCGGAUCACUUAUCCAGGUCGGGUCCGAUCCGGAACACAUCUCCGGGUCGGAUCGGGUCUGGAAAGAAUACAGGCGGAUUAUCAAGAAAAGAUAAUGGGGAGAGUUCAUUUAGGAGAACAAGGUCACCGGUGAUAUGUGCAGAUCAAAAUGGAGGAACAAGAAACAGUAUAAGUAGAUGCCCGUCGGCCAGGAAAUCCGGUAAGUCGCCGGGAAGGGUGAGAUCGGAAUUGGGUGACCGGCGCCGGAAGCCGCCGGUGGAAGCUGGCAAUUAUAGUCACAGGGAAAAUAGAGAAAACAAGCUGACAAAUGGAAAUAAUGAAUCUCUUGAAAAUCCACUUGUGUCUAUGGAAUGUUUUAUUUUUCUUUAA